CGUCAAAUCGAAUCAAUUCCACGGUCUGUUAAUUCGAAGUUUAAGAAAGUUAAACAAGUGUAAACACAAUGAAAACCGACAACAAUGUGUAAUAUCGAUACUCCGAAUAUAAUACGACUCCGAGUACAAAUCAAUCCAACUCCGUGCACUUAUUCGCGUUUCGUGUUUAGCAAUAAAAAUCGUACAGCAAACCUAACCUCAAAAAUGUUUAUAUUAUAAUUGUAACUAGUGUAAAAUUUCUAGGUGACAAAAAAUAUCAGUACCUGAAAUCUAAGUUAAUUGUAAAGAUGAAACGCAAACCAAAAGUGAUAGCAACUGAUGCAACAGCCCCAAAGAAACAACAUUGGGCAACAGGUUUACUUGUUUCUAUGGAAGAUCCUGAUCUUAAAGUGAAGGAGGAUGAUAAAGUGGUUGUCAUCAAAGACAAAUAUCCAAAAGCCCAAUUUCAUUUCCUGGUCUUACCAAAAGUAAACAUACCUUCUUUAUGGCAUGUAAAAAAAGAAAAUGAAGAUUUGUUGCUUCACAUGGCUAAAGUUGCAGAAGAUAUAACUAAGGAACAUAAGGAUUCAGAAUUUUUUAUUGGAUAUCAUGCUGUACCUAGCAUGCAACGGUUACACUUGCAUGUAAUUAGUACAGACUUCAACAGUUCCUGUUUAAAAACAAAAUAUCACUGGAACUCGUACACAACUCCGUUCUUUUUACAUUCUAAGGAUAUUUGCAAGGAGUUGCACGAGAAAGGCGAGCUCAAGAAGCUGAAAACCGAGGACAGCGCCGAGCAUCUUAAUACUCCACUAAAAUGUCACAAAUGUCCCGCCACUCCGAAAAAUAUGCCCGAGUUGAAAAAACACUUGUUGACACAUUUACCGAAUCGAAAAAGUAGCGGCAGCUCCGAUUAAUGCAGCGAUGAUAAAUGACCAUCGCGAACGGGACAAUUUGAAUUAAAGUUAAUUAUUUGCAAUAGCGACGACACCACCGAUUUCAUUAGUAUAAGAGUAUGUUGGAUAGGGCAUGUCGCUGAAUUUUUAUGACAAUUUUCUUCGUUGAUCCGGUUUCGUUUCCAAACCGAAACACUCCUAGUACGAAGUACCCAAAACUCUCUAAUAAAUCUAUCUUAACUUAAAUUGUUAUCAAAACAUUCGAUGACAUGUCCCCCUAUACAUACUCGAAGGACGUUGAAAUCGACGAAUUCAACGCUAUUGUAAAUCAUUGCCGAAUUGAAUAAUGAAUUAUCUAUUUUAACAAUUAAAUGUCUUUCUCCAUUCUGUGGUUCCCUAAGUUAUAGCCAAGCUUAACGCAAAACAUGUUGUUAUCUUAUCCAGUAUCAAUUAGCGUUAAAAAUCCAGAAGCCCAGGAAUGGGCAAGUGGACUCUACGAGUAUAAACAUCACGGGACAUUGGUGAAGCACAGCUACGAGCCAUAUGACGUCACAGCGAGAUAAGACGGUAGAAAUAAUCGUAGUAAUGGGGACGAUCCAGCACUUAUCGCGUACACUCGCAUACUAACAACGCCGAUACGACCCAUUCCUGCGGUGCUUCCUAUCAGUCAUUCUUAUUGUGACGUCACUUUCCUUUCGCGUACUCCGUGACGAGACUCACUCUAUACCUGAGAGUCAAAGUUGUUCAUUCCUGUUGUAGACAUUUGAACGCUGACGUGGUCAAAAGUACGAUUUUAGAAUAUUCAAUGACUAGGCGAUGUAAUUAGUGCGAAAUGUACGUUAAGGUUCUGGUAAAAAAAAAAUAUAUAUAUAUAUAUAUCAUUCUAUAUAUUAUCAUAAUUUUCCGUUUCCCAUUUUCAUGUGAUAACAUUUCACUCCUGAAAACUUGAUCAUCCUUCGAUUUUUGAUGACUAGCGAUCCUCAGUUUUUAACACGAAGCGAGACCUCAGCAUAAUUAUAAAAGGUAUCCGCUGGGAUGGGAGGGUAUAGGUAUCGAUUAAUACACAGAUGUACGGUAUUUCGGAAAAUUUACUAUAAAUAAAUUUGAUGUUAAUAUUAAUAGGUCUUGUCGCCUAUAUAAUAUCAAUUACAUGCUAACUAUUUACAGAGUCUUCUUAUCCGAUGUGAAGUAUUUAAUGUGUAUAAGUGACGCGUUGUGUAGAUGGUGUCAAUGUGUAAGUGUAGUUUAGUCUGUGUACAUUUAGUAAUACUGCAAUUAAUAGUUGAACCGUCCUUCUUACGCCGAAACGGUAGCCAUUCGAAUAGUCGCAAGGCCAUGGCUGUUAUUGCUUACGUAGUUUGCGUCAGUGAAUCCAAACGAUUUUUGUUUCAUUUUUGUUACAUCCGUGGAUCCCGCUUGUUUUAAGUAUUCGUUCUACUCUUACGUAGUAUAAAUUACAUUUAGCUAAUCGCGUUUCGCCUCCGAUCGCGUCGAUCGUGUAUCGUCUCAACAAAUACGGCUAGAGAUUUUUAAGUUUUUCUCGGCUAAGAGUAAGUGGAACUAUGGUACAAAAGGAGGUGGAGCGCCGGCCUCUCCAUGAGGGGCCAGGAAUCCGUGGACCGGUCUCCAAAAUAACGAGGGAAAACUAUUUUAAAUACAAUAAAAGCGACUACCCGCCCCCUCGGGUCGGGAGAAGGAGCCGGCGCUCAGGAAAGCACGCGUUUCCAUCAAAAAAGUUUGCAACGCCUGCAUAAAACGUAGAACCUGCAAAGUUUACCAACGGUUGGAAACGUCGCGCGGGGAUGCCGUGUCACCGACCCGUGUCGAACGCCUCGAGGGUCGAUGAAACGACGGAGACGCGAUCCCCCAACGCGAAACGAAGCAACGAACGGAGGCAACACGUCAAAGGGAGCGAGGAACUUUUUAAUCGGACUUGGCCGUGAACGAUCGAGGCGUCCAUGUCUCUACCAAACAACCGACUGGACACCUCGGAUCUUUAACAAACUCUUUUGACGCGCGCUUCGUUUCGACGGAAAGAUCGCGUCGCUUUUACUUUUACCUAAAACUCGAUUCCCAGUUGCGGCUCAACGGAUGCUCGGGCAAAGCUCACGCUCAACAGAAAAUAAUAUCAACAUCGUGUAAUAGAAUCGUAAUAGGGCACCUCAACCUUCCUAUACAUACUUCGCAUGGUACUGCAAUGCAUUGCAGAUUGUAUUUUGUUUUAACGGUAGCCGAUGCAGCGUGGUUGCCCGAAAUUCGGUAUUCUGGCGACCCUUGUACCAUUAACAUGAAUUUAUUAAACUAACUCUUCUCUUCACCCAGAGUCUGACAUUAUUGAUAGAUUAGCGAAUAUAUCGUGAUAUUAUGAAUUGUGUCAUUUAAAAAACAUUGUUGAAAAUUUGAACAUUGAGAAAGGACCCUGUGUGAUUUACAGAAGUUGUAAAUUGAUUGAUAAGAUAAUUGAGUUAUUUGCACAAAAUCGCCUAGGUAUUCAAAAUAUUAUGAUAUUGUCAUAGACUGUUUGAAGAUGAAAUCAGUUAAUUUAAGAUUAAGAGAAAUGGAUUUACCAACGUCUGGUACAAGGCAGAGUUGAUAAAUCGAGUGACGCAGGUUGACCCGAAUGGAAGCUGGAUACAAAUGUAGUGCCAGCAUUGGUUUUAGACGCGAGCGUACUUCUCGCUGCUUGAGUUUGCCAUGGGCACCCCUUGAGCACCGAUGGAAAUCGAAACACGCACGCCAUCGAGACGCUAUCCCUCGUGACCGUGGAAACGGAAAAUGCGAGGGAGGGUGGGGAAGGAGGUACAAAGGGGUAACAACUGUAGGAAUUCCUCCUCGCGAUCGAUUCUCACUAUAGUUGUGGAAGAAAGAAACGUGGAGGAGACGGAAGCUCGCCGAGACCACGUGCCUCCCUUUCGCCCGCAAGCACCGUACG